GAGGGGGCUUGGUAAGGCGGACGGACUGCUUCCGGCUAGAAGUUCCGGGAGGAGGAGGAAGCUGCGGCCGCCCGCGGUUGGACGCUGGGGCCGCUUAGCCCUCGGGCGUUGCGGUAGGGCGCUCAGCUUUCUACACUUGUGACAAAACAAGCCAGCAGGAGGGACACACACAGCCCUGGUAAUCGUGGCCCAGCCCUCAUUCUGCGGACAUGGCAAACAAGGGGAACAAGAAACGUCGGCAGUUCUCCCUGGAGGAGAAAAUGAAAGUCGUGGAAGCUGUAGACUCGGGAAAGAGGAAAGGCGAUGUGGCAAAAGAAUUCGGUAUCACUCCUUCCACCUUGUCUACAUUCUUAAAGGACCGCGCCAAGUUUGAAGAGAAGGUCCGGGAGGCAUCCGUAGGACCCCAGCGGAAAAGGAUGAGAAACGCUCUCUAUGACGACAUCGAUAAGGCUGUUUUUGCUUGGUUUCGAGAAAUCCAUGCCAAAAACAUUCUUGUGACUGGUUCUGUCAUUCGGAAAAAAGCACUAAACUUGGCCAACAUGCUUGGCUAUGACAACUUUCAAGCAAGUGUGGGCUGGCUGAACAGAUUUAGGGAUCGCCACGGAAUUGCUUUGAAAGCAGUCUGUAGAGAGGAUAGUGACAGAUUAAUGAAUGGUCUAGGAAUAGAUAAGGUUAACGAGUGGCAUGCAGGGGAAAUUAUAAAACUGAUUGCUGACUACAGCCCAGAUGAUAUCUUUAAUGCUGACGAGACAGGAGUGUUUUUCCAGUUGCUUCCCCAGCACACGCUUGCUGCUAAAGGGGACCAUUGUAGAGGGGGCAAGAAAGCAAAGCAGCGGUUGACAGCACUCUUUUGUUGCAAUGCUUCGGGGACUGAAAAAAUGAGACCAUUGAUUGUUGGUAGGUCAGCCAACCCACGCUGUCUCAAGAAUGUCCAUUCCCUCCCUUGUGAUUACCGAGCCAACCGGUGGGCAUGGAUGACGCAGGACCUGUUUAACGAGUGGCUGAUGCAAGUGGAUGCCAGGAUGAAGCGGGCAGAACGCCGCAUCCUCCUGCUGAUUGACAACUGCUCGGCUCACAACAUGCUGCCACGCUUGGAAAGGAUUCAGGUGGGGUACCUGCCCUCCAACUGUACUGCCGUUCUGCAGCCCCUGAAUCUUGGCAUAAUUCACACCAUGAAAGUGCUAUAUAGAAGCCACCUCCUGAAACAGAUCCUCCUCAAGCGCCACAGCAGUGAGGAUCAAGAAAAAGUGGACAUGAGGCAGGCCAUUGACAUGAUCGCUGCAGCAUGGUGGUCAGUCAAGCAGUCCACGGUGGUGAGAUGCUGGCAGAAGGCGGGCAUCAUCCCUAUGGAACUGACAGAUUCUGGCCCAGAAGCAGCAGCCAGUGAACCAGAGAUAGCCACUGAAGAGUUGUGGCACUCCGUGGCUAUUGCCACCUGUGUCCCAAAUGAAAUAAAUUUCCAGGACUUUGUCACUGCAGACGAUGACCUUAUCAUCUCUCAAGAUCUGAUGGACACAGAGGUCAUCCAGGGCACGGAGGCUGGUGAAAAUACAGAUGAAGCUGGAAGUGAGGAUGAGGGAGAGGCAUCUUCACCACAGCAGCCAAAAAUCACCAUCACAGAGGCCAUCUCAAGUGUACAGAAACUCAGACAGUUCCUUUCCACUUGUGCAGGUGUUCCUGAUGCCGUUUUUGGACAACUAAAUGGCAUAGAUGAAUAUUUAAUGAGAAAAGUGACACAAACUCUUGUUGACUCCAAACUUACAGAUUUUCUCCAAACAAAAUAAUGUAGGAAUUAACUGUCCCUUUUAAUUUAGAAAAUGUAGUUUACAAGAAUAAAGUGAGUUUUGGUUUUUUUUUAAAGAUAGGAUACGGAACUUAAAUUUUAAGAUUUUGAUGACAACGUUCCAGUCCUCUGAAAUAAUCAGGAAACUUCCUUGAAUGGUAUUUGGAAAUGAAAUUUGACUACUA